CCGCUUACCAAGAUCACAUGACGGUGGUCAACAGCAUUACGGGAUUACGCGAGAGUCGCGGCCCCAGCCGGCAGGGUAGUCGCGGCCCGAGCCGCCAGGGUAGCGUCCGCAGCAACCGAAGCCGUAGGGGCAGCUUCCAGAUGUGCCCGACGGCCGACCCGACGCCCUCCGUCAGCCGGCGGCCCUCCCAUGAGCCAAACAGCGCCGCGGCGCCGGCUGGAGGCCACCGCAACAGUGCGAAACAUAGAGCGUCUAUUGACCGCCAUCAUCUGGGCUCGGACCUGCCAAACGCCGACGUGGUUAUCACUGUGACAACACCGUCUGACGAACACGGACCCACCGCUCCACUGCUCAAGACCGUCCAACAGACAGGUGCUGAGCAUAUAUGAGAGCCGGAAGCAUGCGCUAAGGUGUGACAUUGAUUACAAUACUGUGACUACUAUACGGACUCGCUCGAACAAUUCGAAGCUGGCAUGGCUAUUUUUUUUUUUUGCACAGACUCCCAUUCGGAGAAAGAGACAGACUAGUUCGUCUCAAGCGGAAGCUUUCAUUUGCAGUAUUUCACAUUCUCCGUCGGCCACACAGAACUGUCAGUCAACGGGGAAGUUUGGGAAUGAUUUAAUCCCAGUUGUUGUUUCAAAACAAAACUGCGAAUGGGUCAUCAUGAAUCAUACAAAUGUUUUAGUGAGAGGGAGAGAGAGAGAGAGAGAGAGAGAGAGAGAGAGAGAGAGAGAGAGAGACAGAGAGAGACAGAGAGAGAGACA